AUGUCGAUACAGUUUGAGGAGCCGGCGUUGAGCGGGGGCUACGAUAUCGUGGGGUCGUUUCCCAAAAGUUUUGGUUACGGGUUGGAGGAGGCAGACAUGGAGGAGAACACCGUGUCAGCUGACAAGCCGAGGAUUCUGCUGAUGGGACGGAGGCGAAGCGGAAAGUCAUCCAUUCAGAAGGUGGUUUUCCACAAAAUGUCCCCCAACGAGACUCUCUUCCUGGAGAGCACUAACAAAAUCUACAAGGACGACAUCUCCAGCAGCUCCUUUGUCAACUUCCAAAUCUGGGACUUCCCCGGCCAAGUGGAUUUUUGCGACCCGACGUUCGACAGCGAGAUGAUCUUCAAUGGAACCGGCGCGUUGAUCUUCGUCAUUGACGCCCAGGACGAUUACAUGGAAGCUCUGGAAAAGCUGCAAGUGACCGUGUCAAGAGCUUACAAAGUCAAUCCCGAUAUCAACUUUGAGGUGUUUAUCCAUAAAGUGGACGGGCUGUCUGACGACCACAAAAUUGAAACGCAACGAGACAUUCAUCAGAGGGCUAACGAUGAUUUAGCGGAUGCUAGCUUGGAGAAAGUUCACCUAAGCUUCUACUUGACCAGCAUCUACGACCACUCAAUUUUUGAGGCGUUCAGCAAAGUCGUCCAGAAGCUCAUCCCUCAGUUGCCCACCUUGGAGAACCUCCUGAACAUAUUCAUCUCGCACUCUGGAAUCGAGAAGGCCUUCCUGUUUGACGUGGUCAGCAAGAUUUACAUCGCCACAGACAGCUCGCCGGUUGACAUGCAGUCCUAUGAACUGUGUUGCGACAUGAUCGACGUGGUCAUCGACGUUUCCUGCAUUUACGGGUUGCUAGACGACGGUAGCGGCUGCGCCUAUGACAAGGAGUCUUUGGCUAUCAUCAAGCUCAAUAAUACUACGGUGCUGUAUCUGAAAGAGGUCACCAAGUUCCUGGCGCUUGUUUGCAUCCUCAGAGAGGAGAGUUUUGAGAGGAAAGGUCUUAUCGAGUACAAUUUCCACUGCUUCCGAAAAGCCAUCUACGAGGUUUUCGAAGUGGCCGCCUCCAACCAAAGUGUGGCACCAAAGAGGUCAAACUUAUCAAGUGGCGGCCUGAAAUACGCCGCGCUCAACGGAAACAGCGUCUAA